GCUCGGGAUUACUUCGUUUCCUCUCUCUCUCUCUCUCUCUCUCUCUCUCUGUUGAUCUCAGAGUGAUUUCCACAGUCUCAUUCUGCUCAGCAUCUGAAAUAUUAGAUCUGAAAACCGGCGGACUUUCCUUCACCAAAUGAUCCGGGUCCGACUCUAUGAACUCCUCUCAUCAUCAUCAUCAUCAUCAUCAUCAUCAGUAGUGUAGCAGCGGGAAUGAAGCCCUGUUUAAACUCCGCUAAACGCUGAUAUGGGAGGACCGAACGGAAGUUUCUGAAUGGAUGCAGGAGUUCAGCGUGUAGUUCGAGCUGCUGGAUGGAUCCCGGUGUGAGCUUUAAAACGCUCAUGGAAAACAAAGGUUCUUUGGGUCGUGGAUGAACGCUUGCUGUAAAACACAAACGUGCCAUGGCAUCCCACUCCCCGCCAUCCCCGUUAUUAGAUCUCAGACUGCAUCCCAGUUGGAGCUCACCCACUUGGCCAUGCCUCCUGUGGAUCUUCUCUGUGUGGGUCAGCCCAGCUUUGAUGGCGCACCAGCACUCGCAUCCGCAUUCGAUCAAAAUCCCUGGUGACAUCACACUCGGUGGGCUCUUCCCUGUGCACUCCAAAGGGCCCUUGGGUCAAGCAUGUGGUGAGAUUAAAAAGGAGAAGGGAAUUCAUCGCAUGGAAGCCAUGUUGUAUGCGCUGGACCAGAUCAACAGCGACCCCGAGCUGCUGCCCAACAUCACGCUGGGCGCACGGAUUCUGGACACGUGCUCACGAGACACGUACGCACUGGAGCAGUCGCUCACGUUCGUCCAGGCUCUUAUCCAGAAAGAUACGUCUGAUAUCCGGUGCUCCAAUGGGGAACAACCGAUCAUACGCAAGCCGGAACGUGUGGUGGGUGUGAUCGGGGCAUCGGCCAGCUCUGUCUCCAUCAUGGUGGCCAACGUACUUCGACUCUUUGAGAUUCCUCAGAUCAGCUACGCCUCCACAGCCCCGGAGCUCAGCGACAACAACCGCUACGACUUCUUCUCUCGGGUGGUUCCUCCGGACUCGUACCAGGCUCAGGCCAUGGUGGACAUCGUCAAGGCUCUCGGCUGGAACUACGUCUCCACGCUGGCCUCCGAGGGCAACUAUGGAGAGAGCGGCGUGGACGCGUUCGUUCAGAUCUCUCGAGAGGCAGGAGGCUUGUGCAUUGCUCAGUCUAUGAAGAUCCCCCGAGACCCCAAACCCGGAGAGUUUGACAAGAUCAUUAAGAGAUUAAUGGAGACCCCGAACGCUCGAGGGAUCAUAAUCUUCGCCAAUGAAGACGACAUCAAGAAGGUACUAGAAGCGGCUAAAAGGGCGAACCUGACUGGUCACUUUAAGUUCGUGGGCUCAGACAGCUGGGGAGCAAAGAGCGCACCCAUCCUGGACAAUGAGGAAGUGGCCGAGGGAGCCGUCACCAUCCUGCCCAAAAGAGCCUCUGUGGAAGGGUUCGAUCAGUACUUCACAUCCCGCUCUCUGGAGAACAACCGCAGAAAUAUCUGGUUUGCUGAGUUCUGGGAGGAUGACUUCAAGUGCAAGCUCACACGGCCAGGCAUCAAGCUCGACCCAGGGAAGAAGAAAUGCACAGGUAAAGAGCGGAUUAGCCGUGACUCGCCGUACGAGCAGGAGGGGAAGGUGCAGUUUGUGAUCGACGCUGUUUACGCCAUGGCACACGCUUUACACAACAUGCACCAGGAUCUGUGCCCGGGGGCGACGGGACUCUGUGCUAAGAUGGACCCCGUAGAGGGACGUUUACUGCUCAGUUACAUCCGCUCUGUCAACUUUAAUGGCAGCGCCGGCACUAGCGUCCUUUUCAAUGAGAACGGUGACGCUCCGGGCCGCUACGACAUCUUUCAGUAUCAGUUCAGCAACACAAGCAGCCCGGGAUACAAAGUCAUCGGCCAGUGGACGAACCACCUCCGAAUUAACGUUGAGGAGAUGCAGUGGUCCGGAGGCGAGCAUUUCAUCCCUCCAUCCGUGUGCAGCUUCCCGUGCCAGCCAGGUGAGAGGAAGAAAAUGGUGAAAGGCGUACCGUGCUGCUGGCACUGCGAGCUCUGCGACGGCUACCAGUACCAGUUGGGCGAGUUGGCAUGCGAAAUGUGUCCGUUCGACAUGAGGCCCACGGUGAACCACACCUUCUGCGUACCCACACCCAUCAUCAAGCUGGACUGGCACUCGCCCUGGGCGGUCGUGCCCAUGUUCCUGGCCAUCCUGGGCAUCGCGGCCACUCUCUCUGUAGUGAUAAUCUUCGUGCGCUUUAACGACACGCCCAUCGUGAGGGCUUCAGGACGUGAGCUGAGCUAUGUGCUGCUGACGGGCAUCUUCCUGAUCUACCUCAUCACCUUCCUGAUGAUCGCCGAGCCGAACACGGCGGUGUGUGCUUUACGUAGGCUGCUGCUCGGCCUCGGGAUGUGCAUCACCUACUCGGCCAUGCUGACCAAAACCAACCGCAUCUACCGCAUCUUCGAACAGGGCAAGAAGUCGGUGACGCCGCCGAGGUUCAUCAGCCCGACAUCGCAGCUUGUUAUUACCUUCAUCCUCGUCUCUUUUCAGGUAAUCGGAGUGUUCAUCUGGUUCGGUGUGGUACCACCCCACACCAUUGUGGACUACGAAGAGCUGCGGCCGCCCAACCCCGAGCUGGCACGUGGCAUCCUGAAGUGUGACAUGUCGGACCUGUCGCUGAUCUGCUGCCUGAGCUACAGCAUCUUGCUCAUGGUGACGUGCACAGUUUACGCCGUCAAAAGCCGAGGCGUCCCCGAGACCUUCAACGAAGCCAAGCCCAUCGGCUUCACCAUGUACACCACCUGCAUCGUGUGGCUGGCCUUCGUGCCCAUCUUCUUCGGCACGGCGCAGUCCACGGAGAAGAUGUACAUCCAGACGACCACGCUGACCGUCUCCAUGAGCCUGAGUGCCUCCGUGUCGCUGGGCAUGCUCUACAUCCCCAAAGUCUACAUCAUCAUCUUCCACCCGGAGCAGAACGUGCAGAAACGCAAGCGCAGCUUCAAGGCUGUGGUUCAGGCGGCCACCAUGUCCACUCGUCUGUCACACACUAACAGCGAAAAGCACAACGGCGAGACUAAGAUGGAGCCUGAUAGGACGCAGUAGCAGGUGGCCCGGAGCAACACACUCGGAAAGAAAGAAAGAAAGAAAGAAAGAAAGAAAGAGAAAAAAAAUCAGGACUCCGUUUAGUUGAUUUCCAUUCGAGGACGGCUUUAAGGAGGACUCGGAGGCACGGACGUCGAAACCAUGCAAACGUGGAUCAAAAACGUACUGAAGCUUUUAUCACGACGUCGUCUCGAUCCGCCCGAUUUCUCGGAUGUGUCUGUGUUUACCAACGGCUGAGGAAAAACGUCUGUAAAGCAGUGAUAUGGUUGAUGUAGCAGUGUAGCAGCAUGUGGGAUGUGUGUGUGUAAGUGACUGAAGUGUGUUUGUGUGUUCGUGUGUGUGUGUGUGUGUGUGUGUUCGAUGCACCUGCAUUGUGUCUAAAACCCCCCAGACGGCAGCUUCGGACUGAAAGUCACUAUUUACUAUGGGAAAAAAAAAUCUGUUAUUGUAUUUAUUUUCUUCAGAUUUGUUUGAUAUAGAGACGUGAUGGUAUACAGUGUCGUUAAUGUUGCGCUAUAAACGUCUAAUGUGAGGCUAUGCUCUAGAUCAUGAUGUCACCAGAAAAGAAAAACAAAGUGCGAGAUUUUCCCGAACAGAUGCACUUUUUAAAGAAAAAAAAAAAACAACAACAACAAAACGAAAAGAAAGGAACAAAAAAAAUAAAUAAAAAAUCUCGACAUUGUAUUUUGACAUCAUCAUUAUAUUUCUAAGCAGCUAAGGGCAAAUAAUUUUACACUGAAAUGCUCUAAGACCUUUUCCCCUAACCAAAAGAUUUAAUACUUGCACUGUUACAUAGUGUUUAAUGUCUGGUUUUGUUUGGAAUUGUGCAACUGAAACGUGAAGAAAUAUCGGAUUCUCCGAGUUCCACGAUGAAUUUGUCUUCUUCCUAUGAUUAUGAUUCAUAUUUUUAUUUAUGGGGGCAGUAUUAUUUAUGAAACGUCUAUGAAAGAUAAGUGUAUACAGCUGCCAUGUUUCUGCUCUGUAAAUACAGGAAAUGUAGAGAAUGAAACGAAGUAAAACAACAACAACAACGAAAAGUAAUGAUGUUUUAAUUGACAAAGUGUUUGCAUGGGGUUGUAAAGGAAUGCUGAAUUUAUAUGUCGGGGAUCCGUGCGCCACUUUUCUACGAGGCGAAAAGCUCAAGAUAGCGGCUAUAAAUCUGGACGAAUGAUUACACUGUUCCAGACUUUGACUCAGCCCGAGCAUUACUCAAUAACGUGACAGCUCUGUUCAGCCAACUCGCAAAGCAGCAGUAAUAUUCCACACUGACGUAUCGUUUCAUUAUACCCCCGGUCACUGAAUUUCAUCUUGGGCGCUCCAAUCUGAACUUACUUUGAUCUGGAAAAAGGAAGCCCGGGGCUGUUGGUUUUUAAUCCGAUUUAAAAACGACUCAAAAAUCUACACUUUGUACUUCAUUAGCUGCGUGAUGAAGAGUCAUGAAAUUACAUUUGUACUUUGUUAGCUUGUUAACAAAUAAACGCCAUGAACGAUCCAGUGACGAAGACGU